AUGCGGAUACACUCGUCGUCGGACAGCAAACUGAAGGACAUUGCUCGCGACGACAACAAGCGACCCACAAAGCGAAAGCCGCGCGCGCCUCACUCCUCGUCAGCGUUGCGGCUCUCGACGCUGCGCAGCACCUCUCGCGGAGAUGGCCGCCCGGCUGGCCUGGGCGUGCAACUUCAGUCGGCCUCAGUGGCGCGUGUUCUCACCAGAACAGUGCCUCCGCGGCGCUGCGGCGGCGCCCGAAAGGCCGAUCCGACCCGGCAGCCCCCCGGAGCGUGCAUCCAAGCGUCCGCCACCGCCGGCUCAGCCCCGGCUCGACAUGACUCUGGCCCGCGCGGGGUCGCCGACGGCGCCGAGUCGGCGCCAGAGGCACGCCCGGCGGCCGGAUGCGCUCGCACGACCGACGUUCUUCCUCCUCUGCGGCCUCGCUCGGGCCCGCUCGUCGACACGCGCAACCAGCAGACGCCCGUGUCGGAGCUUCUGUGCCGGCUUUGA